AUGACGAAAGUUUGUAUGGCAUAUUGGUUAUCUUUUUGUUUGUUUUAUUUUGAAGUUGUAAGAGGAAAAAGUAUUGCAACAAAAUGGGAAAAUUUUAAAACCUUAAAUACUGGAAAUAAUGGGCAUAGAGAAAUUGAUGCUUUAAUAAAUAAAGAUAUGGGGGAUAACUAUUUAGAUAAAAGAACAAAAAAAAGUCAUAUGAAUAAAAAUAGCAACAAAUUACGUAAUAUUAAAAAAAGUAACAUAAAAAAAAACGACAUAAGUAUACAUAAGUCGUCAAAUAAUCAUACAUUUUUAAGUCUAAAAACUAAUGUUAAAAUUGAUAAUGAUGAUAAAGAAAGUAUAAAUGAAACAAAAAAUGAAAAUGAAGAAACCAUAAGAAUAACCGCUGACAAUGAGGUUAAUAAUAUAAGCAAUGGAAAUAACAAAAUAAUGAACAAUCAAAUGAAUAUAUUAAGAGAUAUAACAGAUAAAAUUAAAGCAGAUAAAACUGUUAAAAACAUUGGCGAAAUUAAUGAAAUAGAUAUUCCAACCAUUGCCCAGGAAGAACGAAAAAUAGACGAUUUUCAUGAAUAUGAAAAUAAAACAUUUCAAAAUAUUCGAAAAAACAAAGAAAAUAUUUAUAAAAUGAUAAAUACAGAUUUAGAUAUUUUAUUAAAACCAGCCCAAAAGGAAUAUAUGAAGGUGGCAAAAGUUAUCAAGGACAAUUUACUGCGUGAAUACGAAGAAAUACUUCAAGAAGAAUUAUUAGAAGAAUGA